UCCUACUUAGUUCCUGCCUUCCUGAAGCCUCCGAACCUUCGUAGGUCUCCGCGGGUCCGUCGGCGGCGGGCCGCUGUGGAGGACACUUGUCCCUUGCUGGUGACAGAACCGGGCACCGAGGAGCAACGGGACCCUAAAGAAGCAAGGAAGCCAGGCAGCCAGGGAAGGAGGACCCCGGCAGGACACAACAUGAAAUUCAGCCCAGCUCACUACUUGCUGCCUCUCCUGCCAGCGCUUGUCCUCAGCACCAGACAGGACUAUGAAGAACUUGAAAAGCAGCUAAAAGAAGUAUUUAAGGAGCGAAGCUCCAUCCUGCGUCAGCUAACAAAGACAUCAAGGGAACUUGAUGGAAUUAAAGUGAACCUUCAGUCUUUAAAAAACGAUGAACAGUCUGCUAAAACUGAUGUUCAGAAGCUUCUGGAAUUAGGCCAGAAACAAAGAGAAGAAAUGAAGUCUCUCCAGGAAGCACUACAAAGUCAACUUAAAGAAACAUCAGAGAAAGCUGAGAAACACCAAGCUACUAUUAAUUUUUUAAAGACUGAAGUGGAAAGGAAAAGCAAAAUGAUCCGAGACCUCCAGAAUGAGAAUAAAAGCUUGAAAAACAAACUCUUGUCUGGAAGUAAGCUGUGUGGAAUUCAUGCAGAAGAGUCAAAAAAAAUUCAAGCUCAGCUGAAAGAACUUCGGUAUGGGAAGAAAGACCUGUUAUUUAAGGCCCAACAACUGACUGACCUGGAACAAAAACUAGCUAUAGCCAAAAAUGAAUUGGAGAAAGCAGCCCUCGACAGGGAGUCACAGAUGAAAGCCAUGAAGGAGACUGUACAACUCUGUUUGUCAUCUGUUUUCCGUGAUCAACCACCUCCUUUAAGUCUAAUCACAUCAAAUCCUUCUCAGAUGUUACUUCCAUCCAGAACAAUUGCUUCUAAGAUUCCAGAUGCCAGAGUAAAAAGCAAGCCUCAACAAAGUAUUCCUGGAAACAAUGACACCUCUCCAGCUGAGUCAACAAAGGAAGAAACCCAGAACACUACCAUCUGUGAUUCUCAACAUGAGGGCAAGUCCUGUUCAAUGAAGCACAAAGAGAGCCCACCAAAAGUCUCCAUCACAGAGUCAGAGUCUGUCCUACAGAAAUUGCAAGUACCUCCUUGUUCUGAAUGUGAGAUGAAAAAAGUCCCAGAAAAACAGUUAACCAACUUUCAAGGAAUUCCAGCUAGAGAAGAAAAAUUACUGUAAAUUCCAAGAAGCUGUAUCUAAAAUAUCCAUUUGCUACUCUCUUCAUAACUUUUUAGACUACAGGCUUGAUGGAGAUACUAAGUUUCUAAGCAUGUAAAUUUUUUCAUAACUUUAUAUUCCACAAAAUUCCCAAAAAUUCCAGACCAAUUUUGACCCAGAAGCAAUAACCUGUUUGAAAUUAAUUUCUGUUCUCUUAAGUAUUUCACUGACAUCCAUAAAUUACUCAGUAUAAACUUACUGGUUUGAACUGAAAUGCCACAUAACAUUUCUUGUUCAUUUGGAUACCUAAGCAUUCCUAGGGCCUAGUCAUUGAAAUUUGCUGGAGGAUGAUUU